UCAAAAUAUUUCAUUCUUCUAGGAGAGGCGUGGGUGGGUGCUGGCUUUCUAUAAGUGCAUCUAAUUUUGGCCACCACGAUAUUAAAAAAAAAAAGAUGUUGAGACUCUGGAAAAGAGUGCUAAGAAGUUUUUAAGCGUUUCUUUCAAAUAUCUCUGUCCCUCACGGUCAAGAUGCAGUGGUUCCUGUCCCUUCUCACGUUCCUGCUACCUGGGCUCAUCGUCCCUGCAAGUUCCGCUUGGACCAGCGAAGCGGAGCCCAUCAAGCGCCUGUAUGCCCGGCUCGGGGCCGCCACCGUGGUCUUGCCUUGCCCCGUCCCUGACGGGGGGUCCCAGGUGGUAUGGAAAAACCACGUGACCCCGGAGAGCGUUUUGAACGGGGUGCAGAAAGACGGCAGCCUCAUCUUGCGGAAUGCCAGUUCGGCCCAGGAAGGGGAAUACAUCUGCCAGGAUGCCGGCACUGGGCAGACCCUGGGAAGGAUUCACCUCCAGCUGGGCUAUCCUCCUGAGAAACCAUCGAUCCACUGCAGGUCCAUCAGCUACCCAGUGGUCAAUUGCUCCUGGACUUUGGAAACGGACACCCUCCUGCCUACCUCUUUCUUUGCCAGCUACAGGUAAAGCAGCAAAGGUGUCGGAGGAUACCUACGUGCCCAGGUGGUUAUUUUUAAAAAAGCCGUAAAGGUCUUAGAAAGGCGCCGAAGAUGGAACUUUUGAGGAAGACUUUGGAGGCCUGAUGAGUUUGGGUUUCUAAUUGUAUUUAUAAUUUUGAUGGAUUGUUUUUGUGUGCUCAUGAGCGGCUGGGAAUCGUUGCAAUUGGGAGGCUAUAUAUUUGAGAAGAGAAGGAGGGAGGGAGGGAGAGAAGGAAGGAAGGAAAGAGAAAAUGAAU